AUGUAAUCAUAAGAAAAAAAUCGAGUUUAUUAUGGAAGGUUUGUUUAGAAAGAGAAACUGAGUGCAGGUAUUAAAUUAUGAUUUAAAAAGGCUCCUUUGGAGUUGUUUAUAUAUGCUAAGAUAAAGUUUCAAGAGAAUAUGUUGCAAUCAAGGUAGAAAAGGAAAACAGCAAUAUGUUGAGUUUGGAACGCGAAAUACAAAUAAUUGAAGAAUUGAGAGGCAUCCAAGGUAGACUAUCUAAAUUAUAUGUAGGCAUUCCGAAACUCUAUUGGUAUGGUAAUGAAUACAACUCAAAUUGUAUGGCCAUGUAAUUGUUGGGUAGAGAUCUUUCUCAUUACUUAAAACGAUAUAGAAAGUUCUCUAUGAAAUGUGUAUGCAAUUUGGCAGAACAAUUGCUCUACAUCAUUGAGGAAGUUCAUUAAAGGUAAUCAAUUCUCUUGAAAUUUAAGAGGUGUGAUCCAUAGAGACAUCAAACCAGAAAACAUCCUUAUGGGAAGAGGCGUUGAAACUAAUAUAGUUUAUUUAGUUGAUUUUGGCAUUUCUAAGAAAUACAAAGUUAAUGGACAGCAUAUGUAAUUAUCUUCCAUAAAUGUUUAGUCCAUUUUAAGAGCAGAAACCAUUUAUGGGCACUACUAGAUAUGCAAGUAUUCCUGCACACAAGGGAUACGAGUUAUCAAGACGUGAUGAUUUGGAAAGUUUGGGAUAUGUUUUUAUUUAUCUCUUAAAAGGUAGUGUCUUUCAUAAUUGUAGGUAAUUUACCAUGGUAAAAUAUUACUUCGUCUUCUGACAAAGAAAAAACGAGAUUGGUUGGCAAACUCAAAAUGGAACUUGAGACCAAGGAUUUAUGUAAAGGAUUGCCAAUUGAAAUUUAAAGAUAUAUGGACUAUGUUUAAAAACUGAAAUUCCCUUCAACUCCAGAUUAUAAAUAUUUGUUGAGUCUGUUUUAGAAGAUUGCUUAACAACAAGGAUUUUAAUUGGAUAAGAAAUUUGAUUGGAAUGAUCAAUUUACUACUUCUACUAAGUCUUCGGAUGGAUAAUAGCCAAGAUUAUCUGGCAAGGAAUUUGAAUUUGGCUAAGAUGAUAUCUUAAAAGUAUCAGAGAAACCUGAAAAAAAGAAUAAAUAAAUAUGUGAAUCCAAUCUUAGUUAGCAAUCCUCUGUCAUGCUAAAUUAUGUGCCAUCGGUCAUUUAAUAGAUAGGUGGACGAUUUGGAUAAAAAUCUACUGGGUAAUCUAUUUUUUUAUUGAGUUAAGUCGUUCAAGAUAAAAUUCGAGGUAAAGUUCUUUUUCAAGAGAAUCCUCUUUACUGAAAUAGUAGACUGGAUAAACUAAAAAAAAGGAGGGCCAGAUUCAUAAGGGAGGAUAAUUUCAAGAUUUUGAGGAUUUAGAAAUAUAAAAAAUACCAAAAUAAAAAUAAAGUGUAUAAUUCGAUGAUUUUGGAGAUGAUGAUAUAAAUGAUGAGGAGAAUCUAGAAAACAAAUUGAAAUAAUUUGAACAAAUUCAAGUACAUUUCAAAGAGCAUCUUUCCAAGUCUUGAGAAGC